UCCCUCUUCACAAAGAGAAGAGAAGAAGAAGCCUAACUCAUAGCAGCCAUGGUUUCUUCUUCUUCAUUUGGACCUCCAUGGCACACCACCUUUUCAACACCACCGUCCACCACCACCACAACCGUCGGCAGACAACCAUUUAACCAUCUUUCACAAAGUUCGCCACCUCCGGCAUUGGUAUUCCAGAGAAGAAGCUGGUUUGACAAGUCUCUCCUUCCUUUAGCUGCUUCAAUGACUCUUCUUCUCACCCCAUACCCUGCGCACGCCGGAUUGCUUUCGGGGUUCUCAGGAUUGGAAUCGAUGCCUGGUCCCGAACUACCGAAGUUUGAUUCCUUCGCUCGUUUCAAUGAAGAAAAUCAAAAAAAGUAUGCAGAAAAUGAUGCGAGAUUCAAGGAGACUCCAUUGCUUAAGGAAUUGCUUGAGCGAUCCAAGGUGAACAAAGAAAAGAAUCGACAAGCGACUCAAGACAAGUAUUGCUUAAGAGGAGCGGAAUGGGGGAUUGGUGAUUGUUCGGCUGAAGGAAUGUCACCACAAGAAAGGGACGAGUUCAUUGCAAUGUUGAAAAAGAAGGUCGGAGUAGAAUGACUAUGAGAAGAGUAGUAGUUGUACCUUUUGUAGAUUCAGUUGUACCCUCAAUUAUCGGUUGAUUACAUCUUCAAUCUUCAUACAUACAUGUUUCAACUUUUAUAAAACAAACCUACCAUUCAUUCCAUCAGAUAUGAUCACCACCAACGGAUACCCUUUUUUUUUAUGUAUUUUCAAAAGGGGGUCAAUUAACGACAUUUGAUCAUUGAACUCUGUUGAAAUUUAUAAACCAAGAUCCCUUGAAGCUU